GACAUCUCUGUUCCAGAGAUUCUAGAGUCAGGGAACCCAGUGACUCUCAACUGUACCUUUCCUUGGACCUGUGGGGAAAGCCAAUCCUUCAAAUUCUCCUGGAUGGGGGCUGCCCUCUCCUCCAAGCCACAAAACUCUGGGGGAUCUCACUCCUCAGAGGUCUCCUUCAUCCCUGGGCAACAGCAUCAUGGCACCAACCUCACCUGUCAGGUGACCCUUCCUGGAGGCCAUUUGAUCACAGAGAGAACCAUCCAACUCAAUGUAUCCCAUGCUGUGCAGAAUGUAUCCAUCACCAUCACCCAGGACAACAAGACAACAGUUUUCAUCCUAGGAAACAGCUCAGCUCUUAUGGUGCAGGAGGGACAGUCCCUUCACCUGCUCUGUGCUGCCAACAGCUAUCCCCCACCUACACUGAGAUGGAUCCUGAGGGAUCAAACCUUGGCCUCUUCCCAGCCCUCAGAUGAUGGAGUUCUGCACCUGGAUCUGCCCCACUUGGGGCCAGCAGAUGGAGGGAAAUACACCUGCAUUGCUCAGCAUCCUCUGGACUCCAAGCAGACCUCCCUGAGCGUCUCUGUGCAGCUCUUCUCUGCCCAGGAGUACAGCUCUUGGCCCCUGAUGCUCACACUGCUCAGGGGAGCCCUCAUGGGGGCUGGCUUUCUCCUCACCUAUGGUCUCACCUGGCUCUAUUACACCCGGAAGCCACUAGGGAAGGAGCAAACACCAGCUCCAGAAGCAUCCCAGUCGUCUCUUUGAUGGUUCUCCUGGCCAUGAAACUAGUCCAGACCUGCCUCCUGUCCCUUCUAGUCAACGGCCCCAGUUCUGCCCUCAGGGACCCAGCAAGUCAAGUCUGACCCUCCAGCUACAGGACCAACCUCCAGGACUAGAAGACAGUUCUCAAGUCUCCCCGGGGUCUCCUCUUCUCCUUCUGAACAGCCCCAGGCCCUUUCUCUGAUUGACUUUUGGCAUGAUCUCAGUGAUGGAGGAGAAGUCCAUAUCCCAGGACCUGCUUCCCAGGAUACAACAGAGCCCCCACAGCCUUGUCCCCUAGGUCCUCCCCUCUCUCCUGCCCACAGAGCGCCCAGUGCCAUGCUAGACAGCGUGAUGCUUUCUUUGAGCUAUUAUUCCUUGGGGUUUCUUUUGGAGUGUUCCUGAGCCUCCAUUUCCUUCUUUGAAAUGAGAAGUUUGGACUCGACACUCUCUGUUCCCUCCAGCAGGGCAUCUGGAGCCCAAGGAACAAGGGUCAUCAGGUUUCUGAGCACUGCUUCCCCUCCCCUACCUCCUGCUGCCUUAAGGGAAUGUGUGUCUCCUACUGGGGUACAGGGAGGAGGAGGCCCUGCUCCUUCCAGGACUCCACUGCUGUUCUCUGUCUUUGCCGCUAGAUGGUAGCAGGACUUUUCUGUUCUGCAUGGGCUCAGUUCCCCCACCACCAUCACUCUGUGUGAAACCCCACAGCUUCCCCAGGGAUCACUGCCCAGAGGAGCCACUUGGGGGACAUCCUGGACUAAUCUACAGAUUUCCCACGCUGGUGGGGUAUGUCCCUAGAGCCCCAUUGGUUUUAAUCAGGGCUUUCCAGCACAUUCAUAGUAGGCUCAGUCAAAGGCGGUCCCUGGAUCAGGGGUAUCCUGUUCCAUGGAAAAAACCAGGCAGGGCAGCAAAUACAGAGUGGAGUGAGGUGUCUGUCUUCUAUAAAGGCAGGCUUUGGGAGGAGUUUGGCACUCUACCCUCCAGAGGGAGAGGAGACUGAGGGGACUUCUUCAAACUCCCAGCCCCCAAACCCAAGACAUGAAUCCACAAAGUCCAAAUUCAGGUCUGAGGAAUCUGCACCCCAACCACUGUAUUGCAUGUUUUAUCUUGAUGAAGUUUCCACUGGGAAGCUCAGAAUUAGCUCAUUUCUAGGUCACUGCAGAUGGGAGUCAAAGAUGUCUUGUGCAAAUGCCUUUGGUGCACCAAAGCAUACUUGAUAUAGGACAGCCUUCAUUUUAGCCCCACAGACAAUGCAAAGGCUGAAAAGCCAUGAAAACAGUCUGUAAACUAUUGAUAUUAAUAAUCUUUCUAUUUCCAGUGACUCCCACCUUCCACACAAGGACCAUUCUUAUCGCGUAAUCCUAAAGGUUUAGGAUGUUCAAGAAUCAACCUCUGAUAGUCUAACAUGAAAAAUGAUUAUCCACAACCAAAAAUUGGGGGUGGGGCAUUCAGGGCUCUCCCCUCUAAAGUCCAGACUUUAAGUUCAGUUCUUAAGGACCUUGCUUAUGAUGAGAUUGGACUCCCUCUCUUGUUCAAGGACCCACACUGGUGGAAGCUCUCCCAUUCUGCUCAAGCUUGGCUGGGGUAUGCAUCCUUUGAAAUGAAAGCCUAAAGCCAUGGUGCCUCUGGUAGACAGAUAUUCUCCUUAUCCAAGAGAUACCCAGCCCUUCAUUUUAAUAUAGCCCCUCUCCAAUUAGGUUAGAUUUUAUUGCUGUUUGAUGGACCACCAGCUGUUUUGAAGGGUAUAUAAACUGUGAGUCCAUCCCCAUGAUUGUCU